AUGAUAAAACUCAAAGAGGAAGAGGAGUACCAAAAAUUUGCAAGUGAAGUCAAUAACCAUUAUAACAAUCGAAAAUGUUAUAAAUGCGGUUCAAAUACACGUAAACUGAAGGAAAAGAACAGGAUUGUCUGUUCCUUUCCUGCAUGUAAGUGUAGGUUCACUUGCUAUAAAGGAACAAUUUUUGAAAACUCGCCACUUCCUAUUAUUACUUUAAUAAAAGUAAUAGAUAUGUGGAUUGAGAAUGUUCCUUGUGAUCUUAUUGCCAGCAUUGCAGGAAUUCAUAGAUCUUCGGUCUUUGAAAUCUGCGAUAAGCUACGAUCACUAGGUGGAUUAGACUUAUAUUUAAAUAAGUUUGAUAGAAUUGGUGGAAAUAAUGCGAUAGUUGAAAUUGACGAAAGUAAAUUCGGCAGGAGAAAAUACAACAGAGGCCACAGAGUAGAAGGCGUUUGGGUUGUGGGCGCCGUUGAAAGAAUUAACAAAAGAAUCGUGCUAAGACAUGUAGAAAAAAGAGACGGCUUUACUUUAACGACGCUUUGUAAAAAAUACAUUAAAAAGAAACGACUAUUUAUAGUGAUUGCUGGAAAUCCUAUUCAAAUCUUUCCAAGGAAUUUUUUAAACAUCAAAUUGUAA